UGUAUUUGUCUCACUAUGCAAGCAGCAAGACAUCUAUUGGGGUCAAUCGUCAAUGCAUCACGUCUUGCACUACGGCAGUCGUCAGCCAUGGGUGCUUUGGCUAUUCGGACGAAGAGUACCAUUGCCAGAAGUUCAUCAGGAUGUGUUUCACCGAGCCACUUAAAGAACAUCGGAUUUAACCUUCCAUUUUGGGAUAAGACUUCAUCUAGUGAUUGUGAGUCAACGCUGAAACUCCCAUCGGUUGGCUGCAUAUCGUCACCAAAACCUUCGUCAGGGGGCUGUGGAUCACCACCGAAACCUCCAUCGGGCGGAUGUGGAUCGCCAGCAAAAUCACCAUCGGGCGGCUGUGGAUCGCCACCGAAAUCUCCGACUGGUGGCUGUGGAUCGACACCAAAACCUCCGACUAGUGGCUGCGGAUCGACACCAAAACCUCCAACUGGUGGCUGUAGUUCACCACCGAUAUCUCCGACUGGUGGCUGUGGAGGGCCAUCAAAACCUCAAACUGCUGGUGGCUGUGGAGCGACACCGAAACCUCCAUCGGGCGGAUUUGGAUCGCCAGAAAAAUUACCAUCGGGCGGCUGUGGAUCACCACCGAAACCUCCGGCUGAUAGCUGUAGUUCACCACCGAAAUCUUCGUCUGGAGGCUGCGGAUCAACACCGAAACCUCCAACUGGUGGCUGUGGAGCGACACCGAAACCUCCGUCUGGUGGCUGUGGAUCACCACCGAAACCUCCGGCUGAUAGCUGUAGUUCACCACCGAAAUCUUCGUCUGGAGGCUGCGGAUCACCACCGAAACCUUCAACUGGUGGCUGUGGAUCAACACCGAAACUUCCAACAGGUGGCUGCGGAUCAACACUAAAACCUCCAACUGGUGGCUGUGGAUCGCCAGCAAAAUCACCAUCGGGCGGCUGUGGAUCGUCACCGAAACCUCCGGCUGGUGGCUGUAGUUCACCACCGAAAUCUUCGUCUGGAGGCUGCGGAUUAACACCGAAACCUCCAACUGGUGGCUGCGGAUCAACACCAAAACCUCCAACUGGUGGCUGUGGAUUGCCAGCAAAACCACCAUCGGGUGGCUGUGGAUCGCCACCGAAACCUCCGACUAGUGGCUGUGGAGUGACACCGAAACCUUCGACUGGUGGGUGUAGUUCUCCACCAAAACCUCCGAUUAGUGGCUGCGGAUCGGCACCGAAACCUCAAACUGCUGGUGUCUGUGGAGCGACACCGAAACCUCCAUCUGGUCGAAUUACAUGUACAUUAAUUCCUGGCGAUGGAGUCUAUCCUGAACUGAUGAACUCCGUCCAAACAGUACUGAAAGCAAUUGGAGCUCCUAUUGAUUUUGAAACCAUAUUAUUUUCAGAAGUACAGCAUUCUAGCAGUGCUAAAGUUGAAGAUGUUAUCAAAUCAAUCAAUCGCAAUAGAAUUUGUUUGAUGGGUGCAUUAAUGAGUCCUGAUGUUAGCUAUUCUGGAGAACUUCAAAAUUUACAUAUGAAACUCAGAAAAGGUUUGGAUUUAUAUUCCAAUGUUGUUCAUGUAGUUUCAUGGCCGGGAGUUGCUUCUAGACAUAAAAAUAUAGACAUGGUAAUUAUUCGUGAACUUACAGAAGGAGAAUAUUCAGCUCUUGAACAUGAGUCAGUCGAUGGUGUAGUUGAGUGUUUAAAAAUUGUUACUGCUUCGAAAUCUCAAAGAAUAGCAAAAUUUGCUUUUGAUUAUGCUAUUAGAAAUAAUCGUGAACGUGUUACAUGUGUUCACAAAGCUAACAUUAUGAAACUUGGAGAUGGUUUGUUUUUAAAAAGUUGUUCAGAUAUCAAACGACUAUAUCCUGGUGUCAACUUUGAAGCUAUGAUUGUCGAUAACUGUACCAUGCAGAUGGUAUCCAAUCCUCAACAAUUUGAUAUUCUAGUCAUGCCCAAUUUAUACGGUAACAUAAUAGAUAACUUGGCGGCCGGUUUAGUAGGUGGAGCAGGUGUUGUUGCUAGCUCUUCUUUCAGUCCCGAAUGCGCUGUGUUUGAACCAGGUGCAAGACACGUAUUCCAAACCGCUGUCGGUAAAAAUAUUGCUAAUCCGACUGCGAUGUUGAUGUGUGCAUCUAAAAUGUUGAGACAUGUUAAUCUGCAACAUUACAGUGAAUCCAUCAGAAAUGCAAUUAGGGAAGUGCUUGCUGCAGGAAAAGUGAGAACGAGGGAUUUAGGUGGUUCAAGCAGCACUCAUGAAUUUACUGACGCAGUUAUAAAGGCUAUUGUUUAAAUUAUUAUUAUUAAUCUGGUGGCUGUGGAUCGCCACCAAAACCUCCGACUGGCGGCUGCGGAUCACCACCGAAACCUUCAACUGGUGGCUGUACUUCGCAACCAAAACCUCCAACUGGUGGC